GAUUAUCGUUAAACAAUCGCCAGCUGUCUUUCGCGCCUUAGAUAUCGCCGACUCUCGCUUUCCACAGCCGAGUGAAUUUCUCAGAGAGCUUCGCUCGGCCACACGUUAGUGCCGGCGUCAGUCAAGCGGAACGUGUUUUUUUUUUAAAUUUCCAAAAGAAGAAAUUAUCUCGCGCGAGUCGCUCGUGCAAACUCGCGCGAUGGGAAGCAACAUGGACGCCGACAAACAACAGUUUUGUUCCAAUUUUCUGCGAUGGUUUCGGCGAAAAAUGGCGGCGCGCGGACGGAAGGUGGGAAGAAACGAGUAAAGGAACUGGCCUUUCUCCGCUUGCGUGAUACUUCGCGUCUAGUCUAGCCUAGGCCUUGCUUUCACCCACUCGUAACCUCUAAAUAGCGGGCCGUUCUGACCGUUCGCCGCGGAGCGUUCACUUCCUGGUCGUCGAUCGCUCGCGAACCUAUGUACGUGCACGCGCCCGACACCAACCCAGGAAUUCUGGGCAUCCAGCAUGUCGAGCCUCUGCAGUUUCCUAACAUUCGUAUUCCUCUCCUGUUGGAUCUCGGAUCUAUGUCGCGGAACGUUCGAUGACGAUGAUCACGAGUGCGCGCGUCCUUGUUCCGACGAGCGAUCUUCGCGAAAGACAUGCAUCUACAACUUCUUCGUUACGGAAACGCAAAGCGCGCCGAGUUUUUGCAAAGGAUCCGAGGACAAGGACGAGAUUUCCAUUUGCGCGAGAAAUCGCAGCGCAAGAUGGAGCCGUUUGGCGAUCAACGGAAAGAGCCCGGGGCCGGCUGUACAAGUUUGCCUGGGCGACACAAUCGAGGUGGUCGUGCACAACAACCUGGGGAGCGACGAAUUGGCCGUCCAUUGGCACGGGAUCCGGCAGAAAGGCUUCAACUAUAUGGACGGUGUGCCCAUGAUAACACAGUGCCCUAUCUUACCCUUCAGCGGUUUCCGCUACAGGAUAAAUCCGGAAAGCGCGGGGACGCAUUUCUAUCACGCUCACUCAGUCUCGCAACAGGGCGACGGGGUGUACGGGUCGUUGACAGUUCGAGGACCACAAGAUGACCCCGGUCUGGAAAGGAUACUUGUACUGUCAUCAAGGCCGGCAACUUCGCUGAUACGACGACAGUCCCGCCUGCUGUAUCCACCUACACCGGGCGAGCUCCUCGUAAACGGCCAGGCACAGGAAUUAACGUUGCGGGUGAAACAUGGGCAGCGCUAUUUGCUGCGUCUCGUCAACGCCAAUGCACACGAUUGUCCCGUGUUGCUGUCCUUCCACGGGCACUCGCUGCGAGUAUCGGCCGCCGAUGGCAACCCUGUGCAAUCGAUGACGGGCACGCAUGUCGUUUUAUUUCCAGGAAACCUCGUCGCCUCGUACAUGUACAGCCACGGGCUGUGGGACGGCCUGGGCACUAGUGGGACGCGCGUCGGCAUGGAGUGGACCCGCGACAAGACCCUGGAGCUGCUGCGCGAGUACCAGCAGCGGCGCGUCCUCUGGGACUGGAACGCCCGCGGCUACCGGGACCGCGCCAAGCGCAAACGGGCGAUCCAGGAGCUCGCCGAGAUCCUCUGCUGCAACACCCUCGAGGUGGAGAAGAAGAUCACGAAUCUCAAGUGCCAAUACUCGCGGGAGGUGCACAAGAUUCAGAACAGCCGGGACGCCGCGACCGGCCCGGACGACGUCUACGUCUCAAAGUGGUUCGCCUUCAAGGCCAUGCAGUUCCUACAGUUCGGCUCGCGCAGAUACAGCAAGCGGAAGAAGAAAGUCGAGGUGUCGAAGCUGCAAGAGGAGUACAUUGUCAGCGACAUCGAUCCGGAGAGCAUUACGUUCAUCGACAGCAACGAGGAGACGAACGGCUCCGGCACCGGCUCCUUCAACGCCUCGCUCAGCGAGGACGCUGAGGAGUCCUCGUCGUCGAGCCUGAAGGCGAUGGAGUUGUACAACGGCUGUACCCUGCCGUGCAGCCCGCCCAACGAGGGGACGAAGCUCGAGGCCGACGAGAAGGAGCGGAAAAAGACGAAGGAGGAGUUCGCCAAGUUCGGCGAGAGCAUCGCCGUGCAGCUCGCCGAGAUCCCCGACUCGUACUCGAGGUCGGUCGCCAAGCUCAGGAUCAAUCAGAUCCUCUUCGAGGCGGAGAUCGGGGUGUACGCGCAAACGCGCGAGAGACUCGACGGCGUUCUUGCGGCGGACCAGGCGAUCGGCAAGUAUGCGCUUGAUGUACAGGGUCUCCGGGAUUGCCGGGAUAUGCGUCACGAGACGUACAUCUUUUACGAAGACGCGGCAACGGACUCGUACGCGUUAAGGGCCGCGAAAAACUUGGACGAGCGGGAACUUGAGAUCGCCGAGAGCGGCCAUCGCUGUCACAGAAUAUCGAAAAGUAUCAUUUGUUCGUUGGACCUGAGAAGCGCAAAGUUGUCGCAGCUAAAGGAGAAGGCGGACCAGACCGUCUACGUGCCCUUCGACACGAACACCUUCUCAUUCACGGACGAGAUGACAGAUUAUUCAUACAACUUUUACAUGUCGAGAUACUAUCCGGCCUACUUGAGCUUGGAGAAAGGCGCGGUGAAGAUACCGCAGAUCAACAGCAUGUCUUUCAAGUAUCCUUCGUCACCGAUACUGUCGCAACCGGAAGACACCGUGAAGAAGUCCGUAUGCAAUCUCGACGAACGCUCUGACGAGUGCACCGACACGCCGUUGUUCUGCGAAUGUUUGCAGCUGAUUCAAGUCCCGUCGCGAAAAACGGUCGAGGUGGUGCUGAUAGACGAAGGUUUUGGUGGCAACGUGUCGCACACGUUUCACUUACACGGUUACAACGCUAGCAUCGUGGGCCGGGAGAGUUUCGAGCAGCCAGUUACCAAAAACGACGUCGUAUCCUUGGACAGUGAAGGGAGGAUACACCGUAAUCUCGUGAAUCCGGUGCAAAAGGACACCUUCGUCGUGCCAAACAAGGGCUACGUCAUCCUUCGUUUCUACACCGACAAUUUAGGGUAUUGGUUGUGGGAGGCAAGAAGCACUGCUGUAUAUCCUCAACUGUUCGGACCUGGAAUGCAAUUCCUGAUGAGAGUCGGACUCCAUCGGAAUCUGCCGCCUGUACCGAUCGACUUUCCUAAUUGCGGGAGUAACAAGGGCAUGGAUCUGCUGUUUGAAAAUACUUAAUACCUAUCUAUGUUUAAUGCAACAUAAUAAG